AUGAAGUUCACUCAUCGAGGUGCCGCUGGGGCUCUCUUGGGCGUCGUUUCGCUUUUCGCGACGACUUCCGAGGCACAGUUUCUCAACACCACCAGCUCUGCUCCGGUGACCACACCGGUAUCUGCCUCCACCACAGUCGCCGGUGGCUCAUCGUCUUCUGUUGCUAGCGCCACUCAGUCCGCUGUAUCGCCUGGCGCCACAGUCGACUUCGCCACCUUCCGCACCCUGCCCGCUGGAGUGACCGUCAAUGUCGUUGUCACCGACGCAAACGGCGUCCAAAUCACCUUGACUCUCACGUCGCGUGGUUGCAGGGAUGUUCCGAAUGGACAAUCCCCCUUCACCGAUCUCAUCACCCGUCCCGUUAGCACCCAGCAGACUUGUGUCGCUGCCUGCUCCACAGGCGCCACGGUCUUCAAGUACAACUCUUUUGUCAACAACGCCUGCUUCUGCGGUAACCUGGAGAGGACUGACUUGACGAUCGUUCCUUGCCCCGCCAACCCUUCUAACCGCCGUCGUCAGAACUCUCCUGCCCCGAUCAUCGAGGUUGGCAACCCUGGUGCCUCGAGCAGUCUGUCUAGCACCGUCUCCUUGACAAGCUCCGUCUCUGGCUCCUCGGCCAGUUCCGUCUCUGUCUCCACGACCAGCUCCGUCUCUAGGUCCAGCUCUAGCACUGUCACAGCCUCUACCAGUGGCUCGACCACUAGUGGCUCGUCUACCAGUGGCUCUUCCACCAGUGGCUCUUCCACCAGUGGCUCCUCCACCAGUGGCUCCAGCACUAGCCGUUCCUCGUCCUCCGGCACGUCCUCUGGCACGUCCUCUGGUACAUCCUCUGGUACGUCUUCCGGUACGUCCACCGGUACAGCCUCCAGCACAGCAACCCCGUCUGCUGGUGUCCUCAACCCCGUGAACGUUGGCGGCUUCACCUACAUCGGUUGCUACAGGUCUCCUUCCAGCUUCCCGACUUUCAGCAUUGUCCUGUCCAACUCGGUCAUGACCAACGACAGGUGCAUUACUGAGUGUUCCGGCCGCGGCAAGCGCUACGCUGCGACCUACGCCAAUGACUGCUUCUGCGGUGACUACAUUGACGAUGUCAACGAGCCCAAGGUCGCGGAGGAGCAGUGCAACAUUCCUUGCGGUGGAGCCCCCUCAACCCAGCGCUGCGGUGGUGUCUUCGGUACUGUUACCAAGCGUCAGCUCCCCGGUGUCAUUGCUGCCAACAUCCGCUUCACCAUCUACGUCCGUGCCAGCACCGGUACCGGUGUCAUCCCGAUUGUCCCUAGCGGUACCGCCAGUGUCCCUAGCUUCAUCACCGGCGUUGUUCUCCCCACCGGUCUCCCUACCGGAAUUCCCGGCGGCGACAAGUGCUACGGUGACGACUGCUACAAGGUCAUCAACUGCUACGGUCAAUACUGCACCUUCAACUUCGGCUGCUACGGUCCUGAAUGUGAUCGUCGUGUUGUCUGCACAGACGGUUCUUGCCGCCCUGAGGCCUGCAGCGGUUUCGACUGUGGCCGCAAGGUUGUUUGCAACUCCGGCAAGUGUGCUUUCGCCACCAAGGGCAUGGCCGAGUACGAGCAGAAGGUUACUUGCUACGGAAACUACUGCCAGGUUGAGAAGUGCUCCGGCGAUCUUUGCAACCAGAAGUGCCUCUGCAAGGACGGCUCCUGCACCUUCACCACAUGCUCUGCCUCUGAGGCUCUCAACAAGUACGAGUGGAACAACGGCGGCUACAGCAUCGUCAAGGGCUGCGACGGCAGCUGCCCCACCCCGGCCCCCCCUUGCAGCACGUGCGGUUACGUCGUCACCCCGAACCCCGUUACCUCCGUUACCUGCAACGGCGCGGCUUGCACCACCGUGGUUGUCACUCCUCCUCCCGUUACCAAGACCCCUUACCUGCCAGCCCCUCCCGCGACCCUGCCCCCGGCCGUCCAGCCCCCUGUUCAGACCCCUGGUGGCCAGGCCCCCGGUGGUCAGGCUCCGGGUGGUCAGGCUCCUGGUGGUCAGGCUCCGGGUGGUCAGGCUCCGGGUGGUCAGGCUCCGGGUGGUCAGGCUCCGGGUGGUCAGGCUCCGGGUGGUCAGGCCCCCGGUGGUCAGGCUCCUGGUGGUCAAGCCCCUGGUGUUCAGCCUCCGGCUGUCCAGCCCCCAGUUACCGCCACCGGGGCUCCUAUUGCCCCCAAGCCUACUACCGUUGUGACUGCUGGGGCCAGCAACUUCGUCGCCACCUUGGGCGCCUUCGUCUUCAGCGCCGUCGCUGCUGCUGCUCUUCUUCUUUAA